GCUUUGGUCCACGGCCCCUUCGAUCCGUAGACGCAUGCGAUGCACCUGCACGCAGCCGGCGCGGUGCACCUCCAGUAUUUCAUGCCCCGGCACCAGCCGCAUCAGGAAGCCACCGACCUACAGGUGCAGGAUUCCUCCUCGGCCGUGUGCAGGCGCAGCUUGUCGUCGUCCACUUCGCCGGCGGGCGCCGCCAUGUGGGAGUAUCAUCAUCACCAGGCGGCGCAUGCGGCGGCCUUGCAGGCUGCCUCCUCGUCGGCGUCUUCUCUAUUCCCCUCGUGGAGCUCAUCAUACGCCGGGACUACGGCGGCGCUCCUCGGCUCCGCCGGCUCGGCCUUCGCCACCGACGCCUCGUCCUCGCCGCCCGACAUGCGCCUCCCGGCUGCGGGGGAGCACGGCCACGGCCAUCCAUGGAGCCAGCACGGCGAACAAAGCAACAGCACAUGCUACAGGGAGAACUUCCUCGACCUGCUCGCGUCCAAGAACGUGACGCAGGAGAUGUUCGAGGACGUCCCCGCCGACGCCGGUCACUACUCCGCGCAUCAUCAGGCUCUGUCAGGACGGCUCGGAGCAGGCUCCGAUGUUGCACCGAUCAAGUACGAGGCCACCGGCUCGCCGCUGUUCUUUGGGAACUCUAAUCCUCCCGGUAUGCACCAGGGGAUGAACAUGGCGGGUUGCACGCCAUGCUACCCCUACGCAGACCACCACCAGAUGAAGGAAGGCAGCAACCAGCAGCAAGAGCUUGCGGCACCGGCCAUGGCUUCCUUUCUUCACCAGCUGAGUACAAAUACUAGUGUUGGCAUGCAUGGUAGUUUGGAUUAUUCGGGUAUGGGACUUGACAAGAUUUGCCAGGAGGGCCGAGCUGUGGAGGCUAGCGGCUCCUUUGGCAUGAGGAGCUUGCCGGAUCUCAGCUCUUUCAGUGGCUACAGAUCAAACGCAGAAUCGACAUCGUCGGUGCAACCGUACCUGAGAUCCAGCAAUCUGUCUGACAGCAGUAAACAAGAACAGGAUAUUGUGUCGGCAAGGAGUAGCAGCAGCGGCAGUGGAGCUGCGAGUGAACGCAAGAAGCGGCCGUCCGAGGAGAGGACGAGCAACGUGAAGAAGUCGAAGCAAGAGGGCUCCAAAGCAUCUCCUCCCAAGCCACAAGUGCCUAAAGUGAAGAUAGGAGAGAAGAUCACCGCAUUGCAGCAGAUCGUUUCGCCAUUCGGGAAGACUGAUACAGCAUCAGUGCUAUUUGAGACGAUCAAGUACAUCAAGUUUUUGCAUGAACAAGUGCAGUUGCUGAGCGAGCCGUACACGAAUUCGAGCAGGAACAAGGGUAACCUUCCAUGGGUAGUGGAGCAUGCAGAGACGAGCAAGGGAGAUCAGGCAGAGCACGACCUGAGGAACAGGGGCCUCUGCUUGGUCCCUGUCUCGUGGACCCCGGAAGUGUACCGGGACGGCACCGCGAUGGACUACUGGACGCCGGCGUACAGGGGCUGCCUGUACCGAUGAGAUCUCAAUCGCCUGACUGCUAGCUGAAGAAUGUUCCUUGGCUCUGCUCGGUGUUACAUAGGACGACGACGGCAGUUGAUCUGCUUUAUGGUGCUUUGUGGUUCGUAGCUAGCUUGUAGCACGAUCUGGCUUGUUUAGUUUAUUUGCAGUCCUGUGUUUGUUGAUUUGUACUAAUGAGUGCUGAAGAAAUUAUCUGAAUUAAUCGUCCUUAGCUGCUCACAGCCGUCACAUUUCGUAGCGAGGUUGCACCACAGCACCAGAUGUAGUCACACGUUCGUUCGUUCGUUCGAUGAUGUACUUGUGAUCGUUACAGAGUUUAUAUGAUCUCAGACAAGAA